GCGGAACUGACCACUGCGGUCACCGCCACCGCUGCUCACAACCUACCGUGCUGACCAAGGGAGCUGGCCUGCCGACACAACUCCAGCUGAGAGGAAGCGAGGAAAGCAGAGCAGAUGAAGUCCAGCAGUCAUCAUAAAAUGUGUUGGAGCCAGGCCCUUCUCACCAGCUGGGCUCUGCUGCUGGUCCAGCUGCUGUGUUUAGAGGCAGUGCCCAUCAGUAUGGAUAAGACAAAAGUCAAAGAGCCAGAGAAAACACCUGAAGAGCCUCCAGCUAACGUGGACACUGGACUCCACUAUGACCGCUACCUCAGGGAAGUCAUUGAUUUCCUGGAAAAAGAUCAGCAUUUCAGAGAAAAGCUCCACAAUACAGACAUGGAAGACAUCAAGCAAGGUAAGCUGGCCAAAGAGCUGGACUUUGUCAGCCAUCAUGUCAGAACAAAACUGGAUGAGCUGAAGAGGCAGGAGGUGAACCGACUCCGAACUCUGAUUAAGGCCAAGCAAGACCUUGAAGGAGGGAAUGACAUAGCAGUGGACCACCAGGCUCUGCUGAAACAGUUUGAGUACCUAAACCACAUGAACCCACAUACGUUUGAAGUGGAUGACCUGGAUCGACUCAUCAAAUCGGCCACUAACGAUCUGGAGAACUAUGACAAAGAGAGACACGACGAGUUCAAGAAGUAUGAAAUGAUGAAAGAGCAUGACAGACGGGAACACCUGAAAACACUGGACGAGGACGAAAGAAAGAAAGAGGAGGAGCACUACGAGGAGAUGAGAAAGAAGCAUGCGGACCAUCCUAAAGUCAACCACCCGGGCAGUCAUAACCAACUGAAGGAGGUCUGGGAGGAAGCUGAUGGUUUGGACCCUGAAGAUUUUGACCCCAAGACCUUUUUCAACCUGCAUGAUACCAAUGGAGAUGGCUUUUUUGAUGAACAGGAACUGGAGGCAUUGUUCACCAAAGAGCUGGAAAAAAUUUAUGACCCCACCAAUGAAGAGGACGAUAUGGUGGAGAUGGAGGAAGAGAGGCUACGUAUGAGAGAACACGUUAUGAAUGAGGUGGAUUCUAACAAAGACAGGCUGGUCUCUUUAGAUGAGUUCCUGGUUGCUACAAAGAAAAAAGAAUUCUUGGAGCCAGAUAGCUGGGAGACCCUGGAGCAGAACCAGGCUUACACAGACGAGGAGAUGAGAGAGUUUGAGGAACAUCUUGCUCAACAAGAACAGGACCUCAACCUGAAGGCUGUUGACCUCCAGAAACAGAGAGACGAGCUGGAGAGACAACAGGAGCAGCUUAAUGCACAGAAAGUUGAACUGCAACAGGCAGUUGAGCAUAUGGAACGGCUGAAAUCACAGAAAGUAGAACCCCCUCCUGAGGUUCACGUCGAAGGAAAUGCUUUCCCAGAGAUCCAUGCAGUUGAAAACCAGUUGCAUCUUGAACAACUGGCACCCGAAGCUCCUCAAGACACACUUCAGGAACACCAUGAACAACAAAAUGAAGUCCUGACUCAGCAUGGUCUCCCCCAGACACACCAGGAUCUGCCACCAGGCCACCAAGAAGCUGCACAGGGCCAGCAUAAUCUGCCAUAACAAUGCUGUCAGAACUUGAACCUCCACAACCAGACUUUAGCAGCACCUCCACUCCAGCGUGCAGAGGAGCAGUCCCUCCUGAGUAUUAGGCCUCUUUAACCAGCAUGACUUAGGGGUUUGGAGGACACUUGAGAUGAAGGAGAGCAGCACAAAAGGAAUCACUAUUGAAUGACACCAGUGUUUGAUAAUAACUGUUAUCCUUGGAUUACAUAACGGAAUCUCAAUAGUAAAAUGACCAACCAACGAUGUGCUUACCUGCAUUUUCAAGGGGUUGUGUUUGGUUACAUUAGAAAUUGUCAAGAAUGUUUGGUAACACAAUCAUACAGAAAUAUACAUUUUGGUGAGCUGUCUUGACCUGCUGUUUACUGUUAAAAGUACAGAACCUCUAAAACCUGAUGGAUAUGUACAGUGCAGCUUUUGAGGGGGAUAUGGUGUAAAAUGUAAUUUUAAUUUGAUAAUUCUGACUUUGAUAAUUCUGACUUGACUACUCAAAAUACCCCCAAACGUCUUUAGAAAAGAGAUUAGUUUAUAUGUGUGAGUUGUGGUGAAACGUGUUUCACUGAAAUGUGUCAAACAUUUUAGAACAUUUCAAGAUUUUAUAUUGCAUUAAGAGCCAAAGAGGCACUAUAGUAUAAUUUUAACCGGAACCAUUUCACGUUAAAAGUAAAAGUAAGGAAUUCUUGAUACAAACCGUCCCUGUAUCAUAUAAUCAUAAUCUACAAGGCUCCGGUCAGAUCUUUGUAGAAAACACUUUUCAUUUGCUUUAAUCAGAAAUGCCCUCAUGAAGCCAUGUUGCUCAGAGAAAGAAAAAAAAAAAAAACAGUACUUUUGCUACUUUCUUAAUGUUGAUUGUGGUUGCUCUCAUAAUCUGCCAGCUGCAUGUGUAAAGUCAGAUUUUUUCAACUGUAGAAAAUGUGUGCUCUGCCUAAAAAGACAUUGGGUACAGGACUACAGAGACUGGCCACUUUUGGGCCACACUGCAGCUGCUCUCCGCUGACUUUGGUAAAAUAAAGGUGCUAGGUUCUUUAAAUAAAGAUAGGUGUGGAAUAUCCCCCAUUCAACAAACAUUUUACCCCACUUCACCCCACAGCCCAAAGUCCUGCAGAUGCUUAUUAUAUGGAAGUAUAAAGUUUCUUACAGUAUGGGUGGCCAAAUGUGGCCUCUGAAAUAAUAUAUUUACUUUGGUACACUUAAACGGUGUGAUGGGCAUUUUGAUUUCGGUCUAUUGUUCACGCACAAAAUGUGUGUGACAUGUUUAUUUAUGAGUUAAUCAUAAUUGAUCAUGAUUUUUAACUUGUUUAAUAAAACCGCUUUUAAGGUGUUAAGAAGCUCAAUUUAUCGAUGUGUAAACUCUGGUGUCUUUCAUCACAAUUUUCAAAGUGUUUUGUUGAAGCAGCUGCUGGAUUUGUUUAAUUAGUUCACUUAAUUUAAAGAUUUUAUCAGAAAAAAAGGGGCAAACCUCUGAGUCAGUAAUAGUAAAGUUUGAUAUUACCAGUGUCUUUAUUGUCUGAUUGAUAGUCUCUUGAAGUUAAAGUGUGAUAUCAUGAAAACCUCUGAAUUUUCCUUCAGUUCCCAUUAUUGUAUUUGGCACCAAAUGUGUAUUACUUUGUCCUUAUUUGGAAAACUUAAUAGCAUGGCAUAUUUUGUUCCCAGAUUACCAGUUUGGUGUUACUUGCUGUGCUAUCCAGGUUGCUUUUUUCAUGUGGUUUCUUCUAGCUGGCAGACAGGUGUUGACAUGACUUUUUUUUUUUUUUACAGAAGAAGGCUUCAUUUGCAUCCAGUAAAAUAACAGGUCUGCCUUAUUGUGGUUUUAUUUCAUACAAAAUUCAGAUAUGGAAUACAUACUGUUUUUUUUAUUGGCAGUGUCAUUUGUUUUCUGUGUGCCAAGUGUUCCUUUGAGACAAUACUGCAUCAUAAUUUGCACAAAAUGUACAGAUGGGUGUUUUCCGCUUGCUGACGGAUAAAAUAUUCAUUUGACAAUACUGUACUCCUCGGUUCAAAACAAUAAAACAGUUAUGACCUUUCA